AAAACCCUAAACCCUGUUACUAUAUUCUUGUAGCUUCUCUUCCAUCACACCACCCUAUCUAUAUAAAUAGUAUUCUCAUUUCUGUUAAAACCCUAGACAGAGCAACCUUAAACCCUAUUCACUUCCCCCCUCCCUCCCCAAAGCAGCCAUGACUGACGUUGAGCUCUCUCGCUCAGAGAAGAAGAAAAAGAAAUCCAAAUCAACCAAAAAUGACGACCUGGAAACCCAAACAACACUUUCCACCCCAACCAAGAAAGAACCAAAUCAAGAUAAUACUGAUGAUUAUCUCAUUAAACCCCAAAGCUACACACCCACCAUUGACACUUCACAAUGGCCUAUUCUCUUGAAAAACUAUGAUCGUCUUAAUGUCCGUACAGGUCAUUACACUCCACUCCCAUCUGGUUUUUCGCCAUUGAAACGUCCACUUGCUGAAUAUAUAAGGUAUGGUAUUCUUAAUCUUGAUAAACCUGCUAACCCAUCAUCACAUGAAGUUGUUGCUUGGAUUAAAAGGAUACUUCGGGUUGAAAAAACGGGUCAUAGUGGUACUUUGGAUCCUAAAGUUACUGGUAAUUUGAUUGUUUGUAUUGAUAGAGCUACCCGUUUGGUUAAAUCCCAACAGGGUGCUGGUAAAGAAUAUGUUUGUGUUGCUAGGUUGCAUUCUGAUGUACCUGAUGUUGCUAAGGUUGCUAGAGCACUUGAAGCACUUACUGGUGCUGUUUUUCAAAGACCACCUUUGAUUUCUGCUGUCAAAAGACAACUUAGGAUUAGGACAAUUUAUGAGAGUAAGUUGCUUGAGUAUGAUGCUGAUAGGCAUUUGGUUGUUUUUUGGAUAUCGUGUGAGGCGGGGACUUAUGUUAGGACGCUAUGCGUUCAUCUUGGUUUGUUGUUGGGUGUCGGUGGACAUAUGCAGGAGUUGAGGAGGGUUAGGUCUGGGAUUUUGGGUGAGAAGAAUAAUAUGGUUACUAUGCAUGAUGUGAUGGAUGCACAAUGGAUGUAUGAUAACUAUAGGGAUGAGACUUAUUUGAGGAGGGUGAUUAUGCCAUUGGAGGUUGUUUUGACUAGUUAUAAGAGGUUGGUCGUUAAGGAUUCCGCGGUUAAUGCUAUUUGUUACGGUGCCAAGUUGAUGAUUCCCGGGCUUUUGAGGUUUGAGAAUGAUGUUGAGGUUGGAGAGGAGGUUGUGCUGAUGACUACUAAAGGGGAGGCUAUCGCGUUGGGGAUUGCGGAAAUGACUACUGCUGUUAUGGCUACUUGUGAUCAUGGUGUGGUUGCGAAGAUUAAGAGAGUUGUGAUGGAUAGGGAUACUUAUCCUAGGAAAUGGGGUUUAGGGCCAAGGGCUUCGAUGAAGAAAAAGUUGGUUGCUGAAGGGAAGUUGGAUAAACAUGGGAAGCCAAAUGAGAAAACUCCGUCUGAGUGGAUGAGAAAUGUUGUUUUACCCACAGGUGGGGACGCUAUGGUUGCUGGUCAUGCUGCUGCUAGUGCGAAACCCGAAUCUGAUGCAGUGGCUGCUGAUGGUGAGGUUGAGAAGAAAAAGAAGAAGAAACAUAAGGAAGAUGAGGAGGAGGAGGGUAACAAGCGAAAAUUGGAUGACAUGGAUGUAUCCCCUGUACCCAGUGCUUUGAAGAAACCAAAGGUAGAGAUAGUCGAGGAAGCGCUGGGAACUGAAGAGAAGAAAGAAAAGAAGAAGAAAAAGAAGAAAGAAGCUGAUGAAGCUGCAACCCCUGAUGUAGAGUCGGUGAAAAAGGAAAAGAAAAAGGACAAAGAGAGUACUGAUGCUGCAUUGUCAGAUGAGGAUAAGUCUGAGAAAAAGAAAAAGAAGAAGAAGAAAGAUAAAGAAUCAGAGAAUGGUGAUGUUGCUGUUGGAAGUGGUGAUGAAGGAAGUAAAAGCAGCAAGAAGAAGGAGAAGAAGAAAAAGAAGAAUAAAGACGCACAAGAGGAUUAGAUGUGAAGGUCUUGGCCCCCGUCCUCCUAUGUAUGUUAAAAUGCAUGUCGUGUAGUUGUUCAAAAUUUUGUCAUUUAUUUACUUGUUUUGGCAGGAGUUUGUUUCAGCUGGAGUUCCUGAUCAUAGACGUGCUUAUUAGUUUUAUCUUUUUAUUUAUUAAGACUUGAGUAUUGCAAUCCACAAGGCUUUUUUCAAUCUUAACUUUUGAGAUGUUAUCUAUA